AUUACAUGCGAGUCCGCCGUUGUUACGUAUUUAAAGAGACAAUCAUAUCUAGUCUGGACAAGAGCUCUGCCAGUCCCAUUGCGUGUGUUUUACACCACACUUCAGACAUGUACCUGUUUUGCUAACCGUAAACAUAUAUUCAUGGAAUGCUAGUACAUUUCUAUGCAAUUAAACAACGACCGUUAGUUGAAUUUCAUCUGUUUGUCGACGAGGUGGUGAAAGUGGGGUCUCCAUCUACAUACUCCUGAGUAGACACUGAAAAGGCAUCGAGACUAGACAUCGAUCUGAAUAAAUAAUAAGUUCAGAAGUUUCCCCAACUCUUAAUUGUUCGAAAAGGGCCUCGAAUCAUGAAGUUUGCACUCCUCCUGCUCAUCGGUUGUUUCACUGCCUCUGUGGCUCUGGGUGCUCUCGCGCCGAUUCAGCAGGGUAAAGAUGUCAUCAAUUUGGCGUUCGCAGCUGGAACAGCUUUGUUACCGAACCCAACCAAUCCAAACCAGUUAGAUCUGGUUAUCAAUACCUUCGAUCCGACACCGUCUACUACCGAUGAGAUUUACGUGGUCAGGGAUGUCAUUGGUCAAUUACAAGAUGAUGGAAACGAUGGUCUGGUCACCGAAGUCCUGGCUGAAGGGUUGAUCUGGCCUAGCACUGUCGAAGCUGUGCCCUGGGACGUGUUCAAAAGUAAUGACUACUACUUCACUCCUGGUGGUUUCCUUCGCCCUACAAAAGACAUCGGUAGCAUCACACUCAUAGAUGCUGCUAGUCAGGGUAAGACAUCGGUAGCAUCACACUCAUAGAUGCUGCUAGUCAGGGUAAGACAUCGGUAGCAUCACACUCAUAGAUGCUGCUAGUCAGGGUAAGACAUCGGUAGCAUCACACUCAUAGAUGCUGCUAGUCAGGAGUAUCCCGCGGAGACCAUUGACCUGACCCAGAAGACGAAUCCAGAUACUGUAUGGUUCAAGAACGCUAUCUUCAUAGAUGUUGACCAUGAUGGCAGAAAGGAUAUCUUGGCUGGAAGAACUAAUAGUACUAAUAUCCGAGAUGUAAAGACAGCCCUGGUGUGGUUUAAGCAACCCAAGAAGGAUCCUCUUCUCAGAACUCCAUGGAAGGAAAGUGUUCUCUUUGAGGAUGCAGGACCAAACUUCCAGUACCAUGUCUUUGAGAUGAGCCCAUCCGUGACACGCCACGCCCUAUUCACAACGCAAUUGUUCAGCCGAAGUAUUGAAGUGCAUUGGAACGACGUCGUAGAUGACGACAGUGAUGAAGACGAUGACAGUGAUGAAGACGACGACAGUGAUGAAGACGACGACAGUGAUGAAGACGGCGCUUUCGAGAACGAAGUCAAGAAGAAAUACGAUGCCAGGGACAACGACGACGAUGACGAUGAUGAUAAUGAUGAUGAUAAUGACGCACCAAACUUCUUCGAGUUGACGCGACGAAUAAUAGAAAACGAGGGAGGCAACAUGUACUUUGAUAGCUUGAUCGAUGAUAUCAAUGGGGAUGGAAGACUGGAUAUCGUAGCUACGAUCAGCAGCACGACAAACGGGAAACUGGUAGCAUUCGAGAUCCCCGAUGAUUGGGAGAACGGUGAAUGGACCCAACACGUGUUAGCUGAAGGCUUCAAACCACCGGAACCUAACCCUCGACCAGGAAGAGGUUCCCCAGGAAGAGCACAGGUUUUCUUCCCUGACAUUAAUCAAUCAAGGAUGAAGCCGUUUAUACUGAUGACUGGAGACGAUGAUGGCAGGGUGUACGUCGUCAAACCUCUGAACGACGCCGACCCAUCUGAUUGGUCGUACAAGGCUGACGUGCUGUUCGAAGCAGAGGGCAACACAAUAGGCGAUCUGACUUAUGCGGACGUGGAUGGAGACGGUGUAAAGGAGGUCUUUGUUCCGAUGUUUAAUGCCGGUCAAGUGCGCAUCGUUCCCUAUAAAGACAUAGAUUUGUCAAGCGUCUUUGUGCAACCAGCAGUAAAUGAUUUUUCUUCCUCAUAUGACGGUACUUUGUAGUCACCACACCAACCAAAGAUAACAUAACCCUAUACCAUGGGGUGUAUACAAUGGGAUUUCCCAUAGUGUGAUCACAGUACUACGUAUAUGUAUUUCUGAUGUUAGGGACUUUUAGAUUUACACGACGAGAGCGUGGACUGCCGCGUGUGGC